AUGCGCCGUUCUGUGUACUACAUGGGACGCAGCUUCACGCAGCGACACCUGAAUGCGUGCUCCAGUCCGUUGGCCACGGGCUUUGUGCGGCCCAAUGCUUUCUCCAGCACAGCACAUGGCCUUGUGGCAUCGCCGCUGUGCGGUAUCGGUUGCAUCGGUAGCGGCGUCGUUGGCGCCAACGGCGCUCUGGCCGUGUCUGCAGAGGCGUCGCUGAGCCAGCUCCUGGCACCGAUGAUUCUGCAAGGGAAGUCUAUCUCCAUGCUGGCGAGCCUCCUGUGCAUUCAAAAUAUAUCAACCUGCGUCUGUGCAUGCGUAAGAGUAUUAGCCGGAUUUAGGAUGAGGUGCUCUCCACCUCCCCAGGACCGCUUGGUGAUACGAGAGUGA